AUGUCUAAGAAGUCAGCACCGGCAUUACAGGCCGAUAUUCAAAAUGAUGACGAUUUAGAGAAAUUCUUGGAUCGAUCUGGAUUGCUAAUCCUCGAUAUUUAUACCGAAUGGUGUGGCCCUUGCAUCGGUAUGGUAGGAACUUUACGAAAAUUAAAAUUACAAUAUAGCGAUGAUUUACAUUUUGCCAUUGUCAAAGCGGAAGGUGUGACUGCCUUUCAUCGUUUUGCAAGGAAAAGUGAACCGACUUGGCUAUUUGUGAAUGAGGGGAAAGCCGUCAAUAUAUUAUUCGGUAUUAAUGUACCCGCAUUAAUGCAAAUAGUCACGCACGAGUUAACAUUACUUGGCAAUAAACGGCGACCAUUGUAUGAACUGCAUGAAUUCCUACCAAUAGAAGAGAAACGUAAAAAAGUGAAAGAAGAUCUGAGAGCGCAAGCCGAAGCUAAGGAGCAUGGGGAAGAGGAAAGAAAACGCUUAGAAUAUCUUACCUACGUUACGGAUACAAUUAUGGACUCUUUGCCUGAUAUGGGCGUAACUAUAUGUGGACCUCAAGUGAAUCGGGAGGCGUUUAAGAAAAUGCAAACGCCAGCCGAUAAACUUAAGAUCCAAUGCAAAGAUCGUACAAUGGCAUCUAUGACUAAGGAGCACUUUACAAAAAUUCUUAGUCUCUUCUGUACGAAUAUACCCACUGAAGAUGUCAUUGAUCAAAUGAUUGAUAAAAAACUACUAAUGUGCUUCUGGAAGGUACCAGACGAAGGCAACAAUAUCGCUGUUAUUUUAACUAAAUUUGCUCACGAUUUAAUGCUGCCGCAUGUCGUAUUAAAUGAAGAAACAAAUGAAGAAGAAGAGUUACCGGCCAUAUUAGAGACAACCGAUUAUAAGGUUGAAGUCCAAUUGGAAGAUUGGGAAGAAACAUUGGAUGAACCCGAAGAUGAUAAUUUCGCUAAAUUGAAAAGCCUCAUUGCACUUCCAUCUGUUACUGGUGAUAUAGAAGAGGAAGAAGCUGAAACUGAAGAAGACGAAAUGGAAGCUACGGCUGCUGAGUCUACAUUGGAUAUGCCGGGGCUUGACUUAGGCUUGAAUUUGGAUUUAGAAGAGAAUGAAGAAGAAGAGGAGGAACCUGAAAAAGUCGAAGUCGCACCCAAAAAGCGAACGCGUAAGAAGAUUGUUAGAGUUAAUCCAAUUUGGGUACCUAACAAUCAUCGUACGCACGCUGCCCUCAUCUACCUUUACUUCCGAUCAGCCACCAUAUCAUUUUUACCACCUGACCCAAAACCCGAACCACCUCAUGUUAUUAUGGCUUUCGAUACAUAUAAAAAAAGAGAUUUAAUAGCGCAUGCCGAACGUAAUAAACAGGACGUGCCAUUAUACGGAUUCUUUACUAGCGAUGAUCCGGAAGAUGCUAAAUUCAUAGCGAGUUCGGAUGCUAAAUACGCUACGCUACCGCACACACCGACGGAUAAACUGGUAUUUAAAGUCAAUAAAGCCACUUCAAAUACUAUGUUAUCCUUGGUUACUUACGGGCCCAGCUAUAUUAGUCCAAAUCCAAUUAUAGGCCGUGACGAAGCUAAGAAAUUCUUCCCUGAGGGUUAUAUUCCCGCCGAUUUAGAACAAGUCGAAAUUCCGGAAGAAAAAACGAAACCAACUAAAGUUAAACAACAAACUAAGACUAAAACGAAAAAGGAGGAGCGUAAGUAUUCGCCUAGCCCCGCUAUGCAGGAAUCUGAUCAGGCUGCUGGCGGUAUUGAAACUGGUCCGACAGUACAGACAUCAGCAUCGAGCAGCAAUCUCGGUCCGCAAACGUCAAGAUUGUCACCAAACGUCACCAAACCACCUGCAACAGCCCAAUCCGAAACAGAUGACGCUGCUGCUGCCGGCUAG